AUGAUAUCAAUUUGGAUCGCGCUAGCAUUCGCCGCGUUUGCACACGCUCAGCUUACACCCGAACUCGAAGGCACAAACGGUGUAGCCAACGGUUUAUGUCAGCUGAAUUAUAUCCUGCAAAGUGAUGUCUUCGUCUCGACAGCGAAUAGCAGCGGCAGCCAGCAUGUGCAAGGACUCGAUUGUACGAGUGGCCUGCUGCAUUGGCACAUGACCUUCGACUGGGCCAAUGGCGGUGUGGUGCUCGCAUAUCCUAAUGCUCAGAUCAGCCCCGUCGGUGCAAAGCUGAGCGAUCUCAAAUCAGUACCCGGCAUCUAUCAAUAUGCUACUGAUGCGACCGACAUGGUCGCAAGCUACGUCAUCUCCAUGUGGCUCAACACGAACAUGAACGGCCAGACCGCCGAUGCGACCUCCAAAGCGGAGCUCAUCAUCAUCCUCGGCGCUGACGGCAACGCAGCCCCGGGCGGUGACAAAGUGGGUUCGUUCUCGGCACUCUCGGAUCAAUGGACCUUGUAUAAAGCCAAUGGGUCUUCGUACGACACCAUCACUGCAGUCUCUCGUUCAGUACACAAGAAUUUCACUGGUGAUCUGUUGGAUGUCCUCGCUUCGACCGUGCAGACUCUCAGUAUUUCUGAUGACCUCUACGUGGUCUCUUAUUCUGCUGGCGUAUCCCUCAUAGGAGGCAAGGGUAGCUUCGACGCUCACUUUGGCGGGGAUCUCGUGACGAGCAACUCGUGCGACUACGUAGACGCAUCUCUCAAGACGGCAUCCAAGCUGUGCAGUACGAGUGGCAACAACAACGGCGCAGAGGUCAGCUCGGCCCAUCGACCCGCUCUAGCUACGACGGUCAUGCUGCUCGCUUUCCUUGCCGUGUUCAGACAACAGUCGAACGGCGUGACGAGGCAACUGACAGGAUCCGAUGACAUCGCCACCGGGCUCUGUGCCAAUCACUACAUUCUUGCGAGCAACGUCAUCGCCACGCCAACAUCGAGAGAUACAGUCCAAACCACUCAAGGAACCGGCUGUCAUGACGGUCUACUGUCAUGGCAGACCUCAUUCUCUUGGGUAGGGAGUGCCCUCGAUCUCAAAUCCUCGCCCACCUCUUCAGUCUCAGCUGCACCAGCUAGGCUAUCGUCAAUCACAUCGAUUCCGACUGUGUAUGCGUUCCAAGCACCAUUGGCCGUGCAAUCAGUCUACAUGCUGGACGCCUGGCUGUCAAGUUCGGCCAGUAGCAAGCCGGGCGACUCGUCUUCAAGGAUCGAAAUUGUGGCGGUUCUCUCUACCGGCGGACUUGGCUUCGACUUUGGAGAGCAGAAGAGCACCAUCAACGCAUACGGACUCUCGUGGGCUGUCUACCAAUAUGACCACCCGAAUUACACGACGUACAAUCUCAUGAGUCAGUCGACACUGAUCAACGUCUCAAUCGAUGCGAUAACCCUCAUCCACGGCCUGGCCGGCGUUGCAUCGUUCGCCAGCGAUUUGUAUCUCUCGAGUUAUGGCGCCGGUGCACAGAUCACUUGGGGAGACGACUCGACUCUGACCGUGCAGUCCUUCGGCGCUCAGGUCUACUUGGGUCAGGAUUGUGCAGGCAUCUCGUCCGAGCUCAGAUCCGCAUCUCUGCUAUGCGAAGGGCAGAGCGGCAACAUCACCAACGUGAGCAGCUCAGACAAGCUUGCGGGCAUCGGCUUUGCGGCUCCGCUCGACACGCGAACAGCGAAGCGCGUCGCUCUCAUCGUCUCUGGCCUGACGGUGGCAAUGCUUUCAUUCUUCCACGCUCGCAAAGCUGUCGUGCUGUCCAUUGCCACCCGCGCACUCGCCCAAGGCGGCACGACCGCUGACCUCACAGGCAUUGCAGGCAUCGCGAACAAUCUUUGCGCACUGAAUUACGUGCUCUCGAGCAACACCUUUCAGAACGGGACGGCCACGACACAUGGUUUGGGCUGCACCAAUGGCCUCUUGUCGUGGAAGACCGACUUUGACUUCGAUACCGACGCCGUAGCCGCUUAUCCCAACUCUGCCAUCUCCGACCCAGGCGCCAAGAUUGCUGAUCUCAAAUCAGUGCCUGUCAUCUUCAAGUUCCAGCCUGCUUCGGCCGCUCAGGCCAAUUACAUGGUCACUAUCUGGCUUGGUACGAACACGAACGGUCAAGCAGGCGACAGCAGUUCCAAGUACGAAGUUGCGUUUGUCUUCUCCAACUCGGGCACGACGACGCCUGCCGGAUCCAAAACGGGCACGAUCACUGCAAUGGACACCAACUGGAGCGUCUACAAGUCUGCUGCAAAGGGCUACGAUCUCGUGACGGUCGUCUCACGAAGUCGCCAGUCAUCCGUGUCAGGUGACUUGCUCGACGUCAUCCAAGCGACGGUCAAGUCGCUGAGCAUAGAUCAAAACCUCUAUGUCGUCUCUCUGGGCGCAGGCGCUCAGAUCUUGACGGGCAAGGGCACAUUCCAAUGCGAUGCGUUUGGUGCAGACUUGAUCACCGGUGGCGCCUGCAGCACCGUCGAUGCAACACUCAAAUCGGCUGCUGGCAUUUGUGGCAGCUCGGGUUCGAGCAACAGCACUGCUUCAGCUUCCGGCAAGUCGACGUCAUCUGCCAAUGUGCUCAAGGCUCCCAAGACGAGCAGUUUAGCCGGUGCAGCCACUGCUCUGGCGCUCGGAUUCGUUGUCGCCUAUCUCGCCUGA